AUGGCGCACUGCUGCUACCUUGCUGCCGCUUGCGUCGUCGUCGUCGUGUUCCUCCUCCACGCGCCUCUCACCGCCGAUGCGCAGCCCAUGCCAUGGCAGCGCUGCAACGUGAGCAGCGGCAACUACACGGAGAACAGCACGUACCAGGGAAACAUCCGGUACCUGGCCACCUCCCUCCCGGCAUACGCUUCUUCCUCCCCUUCCCUCUUCGCCGCCGGCUCCUCCGGCACGCCACCCGACGCCAUCUACGCGCUCGCGCUCUGCCGUGGAGACACCAACGCCUCCUCCUGCGCCGCCUGCGUCGCGGCGGCCAUCCAGACCGCCCAGAGACACUGCCCGCUCGUCAAGACCGUGACCAUCUACGACGACCCCUGCAUCGUCCGCUUCUCCGGCGAGCCCUUCCCGAUCAGCCCUCCCUACAACAAAGGCAUGUUCGUCGCCUGGGACAGCAACAACGUCAGCGACGCGGCCGCACCGGCUUUUCAGGCCGCCGUCGUCCGGCUCGCGAACGCCACCGCCGAGCACGCGGCGGCGGACUCGGUCCGGCGGUUCGCCACGGGGGAGGAGGCGUUCGACGCCGUGGUCUAUCCCAAGAUCUACUCGCUGGCGCAGUGCACGCCGGACAUGACGGUAGCUGACUGCCGGAGCUGCCUCGAGGAUAUAAUCGGGAGGAUGAUACCUAAGUACUUAGUUGGGAGGAAGGGCGCGCGAGUCUUGGGCAUGCGGUGCAACUUCCGCUUUGAGACGUAUCCUUUCUUCUUCGGCGAGCCCCUGCUGCAACUCGCGGGACCGGCCGCAUCGUCUUCUGCACCGGUGACCGGAGCGGGAGAAAUAUCGAAACAGAAGAGGAGGACCGUUAUCGGCACUUUGGUGCCUUCAAUUGCUGUAGUUGCUUUUGCGGCAUGGUUUUGUUCUUGGAGUUGGAGGAAGAGACUAGCAACAAGAACAUUACAGCCAAUUCCAAAGGAGUAUAGUCAAGAUGACAUGCCAAGUUUUGGUUCGCUCGUUCUUGAUCUAUCAACACUUCGAGUUGCUACAGAUGACUUCUGUGAACACAAAAGGCUUGGUGAAGGUGGCUUCGGUGUAGUUUACAAGGGAGACCUACCUAAUGGCCACGAAAUAGCGGUGAAGAGGCUCGCGCAGAGUUCCAGACAAGGGAUUGAAGAGCUUAAAACCGAGCUACUUUUGGUUGCUAGGCUGAACCACAACAAUCUUGUCAGGCUAAUUGGCGUCUGCUUGGAAGAAAAUGAGAAGAUACUUGUAUAUGAGUACAUGCCUAACAGAAGCCUCGAUACCAUUCUUUUUGAUGCAGAGAAGAUCAAAGUGCUCGAUUGGGAACAGAGGUUCAAGAUCAUAAAUGGAGUAGCUAGAGGCUUGCAAUAUCUUCACGAAGAUUCUCAACUGAAGAUAGUUCAUCGUGAUCUCAAAGCAAGCAAUGUUUUAUUGGAUUCUGCUUAUAAUCCUAAGAUUUCGGACUUCGGGCUAGCUAAGAUAUUCAGAAGGGAUCAAUCACAAGUUUUCACUCACCAUAUCGCCGGCACUUACGGAUACAUGUCUCCUGAGUACGCGAUGCGUGGACAGUAUUCGAUCAAGUCAGAUGUGUUUAGCUUUGGCGUCUUGGUUUUAGAGAUCAUCACAGGAAGAAGAAACUUUGGCUCCUACGGUUCUGAGCAUGAGGCUGAUCUCAUAUAUGUUACAUGGGAGCACUGGACUAAGGGUGAAGCCAUCAAGUUGAUCGAUCCAUCCCUGGGAAGCCACUAUCCAGCUGACAAGGUGCUCAAGUGCAUCCACAUUGGGCUGCUGUGUGUUCAGCCCAAACCUGCUGAUAGGCCAUUGAUGUCAGCUGUGAAUGUGAUGCUUAGUAGUGCCGUCCGUCUCCCUUCCUUGUCCAGGCCUGCCUUUUGGUUCCAGGAGAUCGGUGCCAGUUCAGAUGUUAAUUCAGAGCAGAACCUGCUUUACCCACACAACCCAACAAAAAUGUCGCAAAAUGAAGCGCCCAUCACAGAACUUGAGCCGAGAUGAGUCUUGUAAGUUGAGAGUUAAAGGAAUCUCUAUUUUUUUUUUCGUUCCUACAGUUACAGGGAGUUGUACGACAUACUCUUAUUAAGCUGUGCUAGCUAGGUACUGAUUUUUUUUCCUUUUAAUAAAAUCAAGUCAGAACUAUUAGAUGUCAAUAGUGCCUCCUGCUGUCAUUCCUGAUUAAAUCAACUGAAGUCAUGUUUGUAUUGUUGCACACAAAUACUGUAGCAA